UUCUUUUCAUUUGAAAUAAAUUAAAAAACUAACUGAAAUUAAAAAAUUUUACGUAACGUAAACAAUAACGUCACUGUUUUAUCCAUGCCAUCAACCGCAAAACAAAAACUAAAAUAAUGUUAUAACAAAAAUUUACCAAAAACACCUCGUAUCCAAUACACAAACCUUUUGUCAAACGGAAAAUCCUGUUAAACGAUAACAUAAAUAACAUAAUGUUAAUUUUGAACAACUACUAAAAAAUAUCCCACUUAUUAUAUGUUAUAAUUAUAACCAAAAAUAAAUAAUAUGAGUGUUCCACCACCACAACUAACUUUAACAAUAACAUAAAAUUUUAAACUUUAUAAAAUUGAUCAACGAAAACAAAUUGUCCUUGAAAUAAUCAACAGCGUGACCGUUAUCGUUUACGUGUUCGGGCCUCCGAUCGAGGUGAACCGCCAUCUUACGCCGAUGUUGAUGUUGAAUUAGAUGUCGUCGAUCGUAAUAAUAAGCCACCCAUUUGGGAUAAGGUGGUCUAUGGACCGAUUUAUAUACGUGAAAAUGUCACUGUGGGUACGGUUGUAACAUCGGUUAAGGCAAGCGUGAAACCUAUAAAUUAGAAGCCAUGGCACAAGACAAAGGCUAUCCACCUUUAUCACGUACCGUAGAGGUUCAAAUCGAUGUUGUAGAUCGUGCCAAUAAUCCACCUGUCUGGGAUCAUACCAUUUAUGGUCCUAUUUAUGUCAAGGAAAAUAUGCCAGUAGGUGGCAAAGUCGUCUCGAUCAAAGCCAGGUCUGUUUAAUAUUUAAAAACCAAAAUGCAAUAGUUAAUUUUUUACUUAUACUAUUACAAAA